CCACACAGCCUCAGAAAACAAAUUUAGGGGACCCAAUGUGUUCCUUACCAUCAGAAUGGAAACAGUAACAGCAAUAAUUCUGUGGUCACAUGAACAACAAAACCUAUGAAUAGUUCCUCCGAGAAUCCAUACAAGAUGAUAAUUGGUAUCUGAUAGGUUCCAGCAUCCACAAUGUCGGUAUCCCCUGAUCACAUUGCUCUUAACUUGUAUUGCGGUGAGUCUGCUAGCGAGGUGGUCUCCUCGGAUAUAAGAAUAAAUUGCCACUGCAUUCUGCGAGCAGCUCUCGAUUUCCCAAUCAAUGAAGAGAACUACAUUGCCCACAUGUUUGAUUCCGAAAAUGACCAAAUGCAGGGACAUGAGUUUCUCCGGGGAUUACUAGACUCUGAUGAGGUUGUCACCGCAAGGUGCAAUGCCAUCAACUGGAUGCUGAAGGUGCACGCGUACCAUAAUUUGAGACAAGAAACGGCAUACCUCUCCGUAAACUAUCUGGACUGCUUCAUAUGCUCACGUACUCUGCCGGAGGGAAAACGAUGGCAGUGGCAGCUGCUAUCUGUGGCCUGCUUGUCUCUGGCAGCCAAAUUAAUGGAGGAAACAAGGGUCCCUCUAGCAGACUUACAAGUAUUGGAACAACCGGAAUUCAUGUUCAAGCCUAAAACAGUUCAGAGAAUGGAGCUCUUGGUCAUGGCUAAUCUAACGUGGCGGUUGCGCAUCGUCACCCCAUUUGAUUUUGUGGAUUAUUUCAUUCGAAAGGUUCAGCGUCCUGAUGCACAUGUCGAUCAACUCUGCUGCGUUUCUGCAGCGGUCUCGGAUCUUAUUCUCAGAACAUGUCAAGUGAUUGAUUUCCAGGAUCAUAGACCAUCGGCAAUUGCAGCAGCAGCUGUGCUAUGCGCAAUUGGUCGGAAUUCCAGUGAUCCGAAUAUUGUCAUAGUCCAUGAGAGAGUGAGCGAAGACGCGGUGAAAAGAUGCCACCUUCUUUUUGAAGAGAUUCUGACGAUCAAAUGCGACAAAAUUUAUGAUACACAGAAGUAUUUGCUCCGGACUCCAAGCCAAACAGAGACCGAGCUUCCAACCAAGCAGUGAAAUAUUGUUUUCUCUCAUAACCAACAAAGAUGCGGAAAAAGCCAAGCGCCAAAAAUGUGCAAUAUUUUCCUUCUGUUUGUUGUGAUGGAAGAAGCACUCAAGGCUAAUGAGAAUUAAAAUAUGCAAGUGUUUUCAUCUCCCUUUGUUGUGAUAUAUAUGCAAAUAAAAAUAAAAAUACCAAAAACAUGUAAGAACUGACGUUUGCAAAUCACCUAAAUUCUUCUAUUACAUCUCUACAUAUGCAUCA